AUGAAAAAGGUUUCCUAUGCUAAUGCUAUUGGAUCUGUGAUGUACUUGAUGGUUAGCACCAGGCCUGAUAUUGCAUAUGUUGUGUCUUGCUUGAGUAGAUAUAUGUCUAAUCCUGGUCUUGUGCAUUGGGAAGCUUUGAAAUGGUUAUUGAGAUACAUUAAGCAUACUGCAAAGUAUGGUUUAUGCUAUUUUAGAUGUGAAGAAGGUGUAAAACUUGUUGGGUAUGUUGACUCUAACUAUGUUAAUGACAUGGAUAAGAGGAAGUCCACCACUUCCUAUGUUUUUACUGUGUGUAGGUCUUGCAUUAGUUGGAAAUCACAGCUGCAGCAUAUAGUGGCUCUAUCUACUACCGAGUCUGAAUACAUAGCUAUCACUGAAGCCAUGAAAGAAGCUGUGUGGUUAAAGGGAGUGCUUUCUGAACUUAGUUUUGUGAAAACUCCUCCUGUGGUAAUCUCUGACUCUCAAUGUGCUAUCCAGUUGGGUUCUUUGAAGUUUAUCUUGGAGUGA